AUGGUUGCCACAUUUUUGCUUGCUAAGCAAGUCUUAUCCAUACUUGCGUUUGCACUUGUUGCAAACGCUAUUGCUGUUCCUAAAGUCCUCGAGGCAAGAAACGAAGCAGGUUUUGUUGCUUUAGACUUUGACGUUGUCAAGGCUUCCCCCGAGGGAAAAGAGGCUGCAGCGUUCUUUAGCGGUCGCAGACUCUUCAAAAAGAGCAACGUUCCAGUAGGUUUGUUAAACCAAGGUGAUACAUAUGCCGCUCUAGUCAAAGUCGGCUCAAACAAGCAAGAGGUGCUUGUUUCGCUUGAUACAGGCUCGAGCGAUUUCUGGGUUGUUGACGCCGAUGCAGUUUGUCAGGCUGAAGUAGAGUGCAAAAAUGAUGGUGUUUUCAAUACGCUGGACUCGUCAACCUGGCAGGAUCUUUCAAGCGAGUUUUACAUCGAGUAUGGAGAUGGCACAACUUCGCAGGGUACUUGGGGUAAGGACUCGGUUGAGCUCGGAGGUGUCACUAUCAACGGACAGCAGUUUGGAGACGUCACCAACACAAGCUCAGUUCAAGGUGUUCUCGGAAUUGGAUACCGGGCUUUUGAAGUCAACGGUGCAGACUAUGACAACGUUCCCCUCAGCUUGAAAAAUCAAGGAGCUAUCGCAACAAACGCUUACUCCUUGUACUUGAACGAACCUGGUGCUAAAACAGGGAGUAUCAUCUUUGGUGGCGUCGAUCACGAAAAGUAUUAUGGCGAGUUGAGCCUAGAGCCAAUCACCCACCCGGGAGUUGUUCCCACAAUAGCUUUGAGCGACAUCACUUACGACGGGACAACCGCAGUUAGUAACAACGACCAAAGCGUCUUGUUGGACCUGGGCACCACUGUCACUUAUUUGACCCCCAGUGUUGCUUCGCAAAUCGCUGCUCAAGCUGGUGCUUAUUGGGUCGAUUCGGCUGAUGGGGGGUACUAUGCCAUUCCAUGCCACGCAGACCUCACGGGUAAUGUCACCUACGCAUUUGCACACGGUGCUGAGAUCACGGUUCCGCUUUCCGAAUUUGUCUAUGCCAACGACGUGAGUGCCAACGACGGCACCAACAACUGUGGUUGGGGGAUCCAGCCUCAGCUCCUGGAGCCUCAAACAGUGGGGAUCUUGGGUGCCAAUUUUCUCCGCCACGCAUAUUUGGUCUAUAACUUGGACUUGAAUACAAUCUCACUUGCCCCCGUGAGAUACACCACUGCUUCAAACAUCACCUCGGUGUAG